GUGGGUGCAUCAUCAGAGGACUUUCCUAUAUAAAAGCGGGCAUCCCAGUCAGACCAGUCCGUGCCUCUCUCUCGCUCUCUCUCGCUCUCUCUCGCUCUCUCGCUCUCUCUCUCUCUCUCUCUCUGUCUGCUGACUUUACAACCACCGCAGUUUCUCCUCCGGCAACCAAACUCAGUCUCACCCCCACUCUCUCUGUCUCUCUUCUCUCUGAAGGAGAAACCUCGUCUAUGGUUGUGACCGACGCUUCCAAGAUGUCUCGAACCGACGAGGUGCACCGUAUAACGGAGAACGUCUACAAGUCCAUCAUGGAGCAGUUCAACCCGUGCUUGCGGAACUUCAUAGCCAUGGGGAAAAGCUACGAGAAGGCACUCUCCAGUGUGACAUUUGCUGCAAAGGGCUACUUCGACGCUCUGGUACGGAUGGGCGAGAUGGCCAGCGAAAGUCAAGGCUCUAAGGAUCUUGGGGAAGUGCUCUUUCAGAUGGCUGAAGUCCACAGACAGAUCCAGAUCCAGCUUGAAGAGAUGCUGAAGUCUUUUCACAACGAGCUCCUCACAGAGCUGGAGAAGAAGGUUGAGCUGGACGCACGAUAUCUGAAUGCUGCGUUGAAGAAAUACCAGAUGGAGCACAAGAGCAAAGGGGAGAGUCUGGAGAAAUGCCAGGCGGAGCUGAAGAAACUACGCCGAAAGAGUCAGGGCAGCAAGCACCCCUCCAAAUAUGGCGACAAGGAAAUGCAGUAUGUGGAGGCUAUCAGCAACAAACAAAGCGAGCUGGACAACUACAUCGCCGAAGGUUACAAGAACGCCUUGUCCGAGGAGAGGAGGAGGUACUGCUUCCUGGUGGAUCGCCAGUGCGCCGUGGCCAAGAACAGUGGCACCUACCACAGCAAGGGGAAAGAGCUGUUAUCCCAGAAGAUCCCAGGGUGGCAGCAGGCAUGUGCCGAUCCUACCAAGCUGCCAGACCGCGCCAUGCUCCUGGCCCAGCAGAUGAGUGGGCCAGCUGGCACCAUGGGCCCCGUUGCUCACCAUGCAGGCGCCAAGGUGAUCUCUGAGCCCAUCCCUGGUGCCAAACCACUGCCAGUACCCCCUGAGCUGGCAGCCCUCAUGGCUAGUGGUGCCAUGGGGCAACAGAGGCUGAUGGGAGGGGUGGAUGGAGGGAUGCCAGUGAUGAACGGCACAGCUGGCACCCACGGAGGAGAUGACUACCAGACCUGGAUGGAGGGGAAAGUAGCGCAGGGCAAAGGCUCACCACAACCCCAGAGGCAGGGAUCGGAGGUGUACUCCAACACCCUGCCCGUGCGCAAGGUGGCUCCAGCCAAGAGCAAGACCACACUCACGGAGACCCGUACGCUGCCCAGGUCCAGCUCCAUGGCGGCGGGGCUGGAGAGGAACGGGAGAACACGAGUCCAAGCCAUCUUCUCCCACGCGGCCGGGGACAACAGCACCCUGCUCAGCUUCUCCGAGGGUGACGUCAUCACCCUGCUGGUGCCCGAGGCCCGUGACGGCUGGCACUACGGAGAGAAUGAGAAGAACAGGAUGCGCGGCUGGUUCCCCUUCUCCUACACACGGGUGAUCUCUGAUGGCGAAGGUGACUCCAUGAGGCAGCUUCGAGUCCACAAUCUCCACCAUGGGAAGAGCAGCAGCACAGGAAACCUUCUGGAGAGAGAGGACGUGGUUCUCCCCAUCCCUGACUAUGACAUGCACUCCCGUAUGGUGGCACAGAACGCUGCCAUGGCACACGGCAGACAACAACGCCCCUACAGCGUGGCAGUGCCAGGCUUCUCACAGCAAGGGGUUGAAGAGUAUGAGCCCCGCUUCCCCACAAGCACCAGACCACCAAGUGAGCCAGUGGUGGAGGCGCCAGGCAAGCCGCCCGCCGCCGAGGAAGACCAUUCCCCUGACGUCCACUAUGACUCGGUGGAGAAAAGCUCCACUCCCCCGGGGCUUUACUGA